CGCAGCCACCACAGCAGUUAUCCACAAUGGACGGCUCAUUGAUGCACAACAAUCCAACUCCCAAGUUACGAGCGAAUUGGUUUUCAAAAUUGCUUUACUGCUGGAUGAACCCUAUCUUCACUACAGGGUUUAAAAGACGACUCGAAGAUGAAGAUAUGUAUAAUGUUACUCACGAUGAAGAAUCGGAAUACCUCGGAGAAAAGUUGGAAAGAGAAUGGAUGGCAGAAAGACAACGUUGCCAAAGAACAGGAAAGGAACCUAGCCUUUACAAGUCGCUGUUUCGAACAUUUGGAUGUACAUACAUUCUUUAUGGACUUUUGCUACUUGUAGAGGAAGCCACGAUAAUUAUUCAGCCAAUACUGCUUAGUGGACUGAUCCGAUAUUUCAUCAAAGACUCGACCGUGUCGGACACAGAGAGUUUCAUUUAUGCCGGAGGUGUUGGUUUGUGUGCAGUUAUUCUGGCGUUAAUACAUCAUCCAUAUUACCUUGGUGUUCAAAAGAUCGGAAUGAGGAUAGAUAUAGCAUGCUCUUCGAUUAUUUAUAAAAAGUCACUGAAGUUAAGCAGUGAAGGUCGCAGACAUACAAGUACAGGGCAGAUAGUCAAUAUUCUUUCAAAUGACGUCGGAACUUUCGGUCAGCUGAUGACGAUGUUGCAUUUUGUCUGGAUCGGCUCUUGUGAGGUCAUUGCUGUCCUUGUAAUAUUAUGGCAUCAAAUAGGUCCGCCGGCGAUUGCAGGAUUUCUGGUGAUAUUUUUUAUGGUACCACUUUUGCAUCGAAUUGGAAAAUUGAUGUCGAAUUACAGGAAAAAAGUAUCUGAAUACAGAGAUAAGCGUAUGCAUAUUUUAACAGAAAUUAUUAAGGCAAUGCGUGUGAUAAAGUUAUACUGCUGGGAGAGACCUUUUGGAGAUUUCUUAAAGAAAGAAAGAAGGUAA